AUGUCAUUGACUAAAACAAACCUCGACAAUAUCUUGCCGCUUUUGGGUAGGGGAAAAGUCCGUGAUAUAUACGAAGCUGAUCCAUCUACGCUAUUGUUUGUCGCCACUGACCGUAUAUCUGCUUACGAUGUCAUAAUGGAGAAUGGUAUCACCGAUAAGGGUAAAUUGUUAACCAAGCUUUCUGAGUUCUGGUUCGACUUUUUGCCCAUUGAGAACCACUUGAUAAAGAAAGACAUUUUCAAAGAAUAUCCACAAUUAGAAAAGUAUAAAGAUCAAUUGCAAAAUCGUGCAUUGUUGGUUCGUAAGUUGAAACUCAUUCCAUUGGAAGUUAUUGUCAGAGGAUACAUUACUGGCUCAGCUUGGAAAGAGUACAAGAAACUGAAAACUGUCCACGGGUUACCAAUCGAAGAGGAAUUGGUUGAGUCACAAGAGUUUAAGACUCCGAUUUUCACCCCUUCCACAAAGGCAGAACAAGGAGAGCACGAUGAAAACAUAUCUCCAGCUCAAGCAGCAAAAAUUGUUGGACAAGAUUUAUGUGAUAGAUUGGAAAAAAUUGCCAUUGAUUUGUAUGUCAAGGCCAAAGAGUAUGCAAAGACUAAAGGUAUAAUUAUUGCUGAUACAAAGUUUGAGUUUGGGUUGGAUGAGAACGAUAACAUUGUUUUGGUCGAUGAAGUGUUGACUCCUGACUCGUCAAGAUUUUGGAGUGCUAAAACAUACGAAGUUGGUAAGUCGCAGGAUUCGUACGAUAAACAAUUCUUGAGAGAUUGGUUAACCAGUAAUGGAUUGAAUGGUAAAGACGGUGUUAAAAUGACGGACGAAAUUGUCGAAAAGACAAGAGCAAAAUACAUCGAAGCUUAUGAGCAGUUGACUGGUGAUAAAUGGACAUAA